AUGACGGCUGAGGACAAGAAGGCUGUAUCCAUCAAGGUACCCGUGAAGCCCAAGGAAGCGGAGGACAAGAAGAGAAAACUGAACAGUCUAAAAAUGAAGAAUGAAGAACUGAACGAAGAGGAGAAGAAAAAAAAGGAAGAACUGGAGCUGCUGAUCACCAGGCUUCGAGAUGACGACCCAGAUGUAGUAAACCUAUCCAUUACGAUGCUGAACAAGGAAAUAAUCGAUACCAGUGGAAUAUUGACUUCGUCCUUGCUAGCUCUGAAGGUAUUGAAGACCCAUUAUAACACACUGCUAGAAAUACAUGAGCAUAUGAAAUUCGAAGAAUGCAAAAAGAAGAUGAGCAAUAUGAUAAGUGCCUUGUCCACCACCAUAGGCGAUGAGAACAACAUCGUCAAAUAUAUCAUCAUGGGGAAUAAGAGCGAUUUAGUGAGUUACGGUCAUGAGUAUAUAAAGAAUCUAAUCAGUAAGCUCUUGGUAGAGUUUAAGAAUGUGAAAGAGGAGGAGUCGUCUGGCUCUGUGGCGGCCGUCACUUCAGGAUCAGCGGCAGGAGUGGCAGCUGCGGGAGCGUCCUCUUCCCCCAGCGUGGCAGGUAGUAGUGGCCCCCUGGCCGGCUCACCUGGCAGCAUGCCGAAAGGAGUGCACAUGAUUAGCCACAUCUACGAAUUGGUCAACAUCAUCGUGCCGUACUGUUUUAACCACAACACGGAAUAUGAGGCAAUCGAUCUGCUGAUAGAGGUAGACAAGAUUAACGACAUUCACUUAUACGUGGAUGAGAAAUCCUGUGAAAGGUCUAUAUUGUAUCUCCUUAACAUAACUCAUUACAGUUCCUCCACGGAGGAGUACUACAAAUUGAUGGACGUGAUUCUCCACAUCUUGAAGAAGCACAAGAGACAUGUGGAAUAUUUAAAAAUCUUACUGAGACUAAACAGGACAGAGAAGAUUAAGGAUCUCCUUUUUGAAUGUGGGGACAUGAUGACAUGUAAGCAGAUGGCUUUAAUUUGUUCCAGACAUUCCAUCCAUUUGGAAUUCACCCAAGAGGAAACGAUUCGAUAUCCUCAUAUGGACCUGAACCAGCUAGCUAGUCUUUCCUCAGGGGAACAUUUAUCUUCCAUCUUUUUGAAGCUAGCCAAAGAUUUAGACGUAGAAGAACCCAAAUUGCCAGAAGAUAUUUACAAAACGUAUUUAGAAGAGAAGAGAAAUACAAAUGUGUGGGAUUCUGCAAAACAGAAUCUGUCGUCCUCCUUUGUAAAUGCAUUUGUUAAUGCUGCCUUCUGUAAGGAUAAAUUAAUGACGGUUAAUUCGUCUCUCUGGAUUUUUAAGAAUAAGGACUAUGGCUUGAUGAGUGCAACGGCCUCUAUGGGAUUACUCCUCUUGUGGAACAUCGAUGAAGGGUUGUCCCAAAUUGACAAAUUUCAGUAUAGUACCGAUCAGUAUGUCAAGGCGGGUUCUCUUAUGGCCUUCGGCUUAGCCUGUACUAAUGUAAAAAGCGAAUGCGAUCCUGCCUUUGCAUUGUUAUCUGAACAUAUAGAUGCAGAGAAUACCAUGGAAAGAAUAGGAGCCAUAUUAGGCUUUGGUUAUGCAUAUGCUGGGUCAGGGAAGGAAAGCCUCCUCGAUGUACUCAUGCCAUCUCUAGUAGAUAAUGGCUGCAUCAUCGAGUGCAGCGUCUUCGCAGCCGUGUCGUUGGGACUUGUCUUUGUCGGUUCGCAAAAUAGAGAAAUUGCAGAAUACAUCAUUGACACAGUGAUGGAAAGAGAAAAGGUUCCAAAUUCGCUCGACCAGCCGAUUGCCAAAUUGUAUGCAGUCGCUUUAGGCCUCUUAUUCCUUUGCUCAAGAGAAAAAUGCGAAGCUACUCUCUCCGCUUUAGAAAUCAUCAAACAUCCAAUCGCAAAAUAUAUGAUGACCACGGUAGAGGGUAUGUCCUUUGCUGGCUCCAAUGAUGUUUUGAAGGUCCAAAAAAUGCUACAACUUCUGGUAGAGAAGAGAAAUGACAAGAAGGUUAAUAUGGAUAGUUUUUCGAAGCCAAGUGAUAGUCAUAAUCCUCCCUCCCAUGGUGGUAAUGCUUCUGAUGGAAAAACUACUCUCCCUGGGGUUUCGGAAGGGAAAGGCUCCGUUUCGGAUGGCAAGCGGGCCAACAACACCAUAGGUAGUAAGAGCGCCAAGGGGGGAUCAGCUGACGGGAAAGGUAAUGCAAACGGGGGAAGUGGCGCAGCUAGUGGCACCGCAAAUGGCGCAGGAGGCACUACCCCCCAGGCGGAAGACAACCUAGACCAGUGUGUAGCUAUCCUUAACAUUGCCCUCAUAGCCCUCACGGAUGAUAUCAGUUCCGAAAUGACCACUAGAAUUAUAGACCACUUUUUACAGUACUCAAAUUUGAACCAAAAGAAAGCAGUCCCCUUAGCCCUCGCGUUAUUAUUCACCUCCUUCCCUAAACCCAACAUCGUAGACAUCCUCUCCAAACUGACUCAUGACCAAGACGCAGAUGUCGCUUUGCAUGCAAUUAUGUCCCUAGGCUUUGUUGGUGCCGGGACGAAUAACUCACGUAUAGCAAUCUUACUGAGACAGUUAUCCACCUUCUAUUCCAAAGAUACCAAUGCCACCUUUGUUGUGAGACUGUCUCAAGGUCUGCUCUAUAUGGGAAAAGGGCUACUAACGAUUAACCCCCUUCAUUCGAAUCGAUCCAUCAUCAACCACGUAGCGUUGGGAUCUCUCCUCGUCACCAUCCACGCGUGUCUCCAAUUGAAGACCACCAUAUUGGGAAAGUACCACUACCUGCUGUAUCACCUUGUGCCCUGCAUUUACCCCCGCAUGCUCGUCACCGUCAACGAGGACUUGGAGCCACUUCCCAUCUCGGUGCGCGUCGGCCAGGCCGUAGACGUCGUCGGGCAAGCCGGGAAGCCCAAAACAAUCACGGGGUUCCAGACCCACGUGACGCCCGUCCUUCUCCUGCACACGGACCGCGCGGAGAUAGCCACGGAGGAGUACAUCCCCAUCAGUGACACUCUCGAAGGAAUCGUCAUUCUGAAGAAGGACCCCAACUACGUGCCGCCAGCGAUCAACUGA